UGACUCACUUCAUUUAUUUCAGAUCCAAAAUGUCAUCCGGUGGUGAGCCACCCACAUCCCAGGCUUUUACGCCGUUUUGGAUUGCUGGGCCUGGCUCGCCCUCCACCCCGGUUGUUGGCAACCCAGUGGCUAACCCCGUGCCCAGUGCUGAUCUCGGCACUCUUGGAGGACCUGGUGUGGCCAGCAAUGUACAGCCAACAAUGUCACAGGACAUUACUACAAUGGCCAACGCAGUUCCCCAUGAUGACUUCACAAAUGGUCUUCCAGAAGUGCAGGCGCCUCCACAGCCACAACAAACUGGGCCACCAGAACCACAACCACUACCUGAACCUCAGCAGCCAGAACCCACACUAGAAGCUCCUCUUGAACCUGCACAAGUGCCACAGCAGCAACCACAGCAGCAGCAACAGCAGCAGCAGCCACAGCAGCAACCCCAGCAGGCUGAAGUGAGUGUGGAUGGAAAUCCCCCUGCAUGUUCCAGCGGUGCCCCAGCCAAGUACUUCCCAGCUAAUGUGGAAGAGACAAAUGAAACCACCAUAGAUAAUAAAAUGAAGGCGAAGGUUCAGCGGAGGAGAUUAUCCCCUUCACAUAGAGAGAUGAUUAUCGACCUUGUUUUCAAUGAGAAGAAGACAUCUAGAGAGGUUGCACGUUACAUGGGUCUGCCUCAAUCAACAGUCAUGUCCGUGGUACAAGUAUUCAAGAAAGAGCACCGUAUACACAAAAAGACAGCCACAGGACGCAAACGCCGACUAACAACUGCACAAGAUUUCCAACUCUUCGAGAUGUCACAGGAGAGAGAUAACAUAUCAGUAGAUGAGAUACGUCGUCGCUUUUUGCAACAGUAUCCUGAAUUUGGUCACAUAUCAAAAACUACAAUAUACAGAACAUUGGAAAGAGGAAAGAAAGGAUUAAUAGGGAUGGACCCUCCACCUGAGCGCUACUUAGAGCCAAUAGAGCGUUACUGGCCCAAGAAGAGAGGGAGACCUCGGAAGGCAGGUGCGGGGUCAGAAUCAUCUUCCAUGAAUAAUGUGCUUGAGCCCAGUGUCAGCAUUAUGGAGGAGAGUGGACCAAUUGAAACGAGUGCUGCCGACAAAGACAUCAGCAGACAACGACGGUCGCUGUCUAUUGCUGAGAGGGAGAUGAUUAUUAGUCUUUUUUUCAAUGAAAAUCGAACCAUAAGAGAGGUCGCAGAUUUCAUGCACUUAGCGAAGUCUACAGUCUCAUCAGUUGUUCAGGUCUUCAAGAAGGAGCACAGAAUCCAACGUAAGACUUCCACAGGACGUAAGAAAAAGCUGUCCGACGAGCAUGAGCACAUGAUCAUGGAUAUCCUCUCCCAAAAGGAGGAUAUCACAAUAGAAGAAACAAGAAAUAGGUUCCUGUCUUUGAAUCCCGAUGUUCCUAAUAUUAGUAAGAGUACAAUUUACAGAAUAAUGGAGAAUUGUCAGUCAAAGCUGAGAGCUAGAUCAGACAUGGAGGUUUUUGUAGGCAUUUUUGUUCAUUCUACUGAAGACAACCCAUUAAUCAUCAUGCCAGGGAUGGUUAUGGGUGUUCUCAACACAAAGAUUGAGUUUAUGGAGAGCUUAGAAGAACUUGAUCACCUCAAAGCAGAGUAUUGUUUUACAGACUCAAACAUUCACUACAUGACUCCAAGCCAGUUUAUGAUGCCUGGGAUGAUAGACACACACAUACAUGCUUCUCAAUUUCCUAACAAUGGAGUGGCUAUGGACUUGCCAUUGCUGGAGUGGUUACAAACGUAUACUUUCCCAACGGAAGCCAACUUUUCUGACACACUCUUUGCAAGAGAAGUCUAUAGUAAAGUUGUGGAACGUCUGUUGAGAAAUGGAACAACAACAGCGGCAUACUUUGGCACAAUCCACUUAGAAGGUUCAAAAAUUCUUGCUGAUGUAGUUCACGACAAAGGUCAGCGUGCACUCAUUGGAAAAGUAAAUAUGAUGAGGAACUGCCCAGAAUAUUACCGGGAGAUGAGUGUUCAGGAAUCGAUAAGAGACACGGAAGAAUUUAUACGCUAUGUUAGAAGUAUCCAGUCCCCACUGGUACAACCUAUUGUUACACCCCGGUUUGCCCCAACUUGCCCUGAGGAUCAAUUAGCAUCUCUGGGACAGCUGGCAGCUAAAUAUGGAUGUCAUAUUCAAAGUCACUUGUGUGAGACUCAGCCUGAGUGCAAUUGGGUCAAAGAGCUCUUCCCUUGGGCCAAAUCAUACACUGAUGUUUAUGACAGCAUGAGACUACUUAGUGAGAAGUCUGUCAUGGCACAUUGUAUAUGGCUGACUGAUGACGAGAUAUAUACCUUGCGAGAACGAGGAGUUGGUAUUUCUCACUGCCCAAAUUCUAAUGUAUCCAUUCGCUCUGGCCUUUGUGAUAUUCGGAGACUUUUGAAUAGUGGAUUAAAAGUCGGUCUAGGAACAGAUUGCUCAGGUGGUUACUGUCCAUCAAUUUUAGAUUCCAUGCGACAGUCUCUGCAAGUUUCCAACAUCUUGGCUCUUGACCGAGAUCAAGACUAUCAGAGACUCACAUACAAAGAAGCAUUUAGAAUGGCAACUCUUGGGGGUGCUAAAGUACUGAAUAUGGAAGACCGCAUUGGAAACUUCGAAAUUGAUAAAGAGUUUGAUGCACUCCUCAUUGAUGUAUCAGCUCCUGGAUCAGCCAUUGAUAUAUUCAGCAAGGACACAGUGGAAGACAAGGUGCAGAAAUUCAUUUACACGGGUGAUGAUCGUAAUAUUGCUCGUGUGUAUGUUGCCGGACACAGAAUCCUCGACUUGCACAACAAGAAUUUACAUUAACCAUACCUCGAGUCACAAAAGAUAUUAAGCUCGUCCAAAGUAGAGUGUUGUCUACUUGCUGGCCAGUUGGCGAUAUUCGCCAGAAUUUUAUAGGAAAAAGCAAAACUGUCUUGAUCUGAGUUCUCUACUAUAUCCUAAUUUUUAGGUACUGGACAUGAAAUUACACUUCAGACACAUCACUGUUCUAAGUCUUUUGCUGUAUGCCAAUUGAAUACUCCGGAUUUUGUAAAUAAUGUUACUGACAAGGUGCAGAAUUCUACUGAUAUUUAUGAAGAUAGGAAAUGUGUAGAAAAAAAUGCUAGGAAGAGUUUAAAAACAAUGAUAAAUAACCUGCAAGUCAGCUUAUUGUUGUCAAAGGAAACUUAUUUUUCUAUUCAAGAGAGAAUGCCUUAUGGGAGCAACAAAGAUAAAGCCAGGCUUGGGAGAGCAGAUUUAUGUGAGAAUUGUUUGCUUGGUUACAGGUGGUGAUAAGUGAAUGAGAAAUUGAAACUUUACUUAACCUUUUAUUUCCUAAAAAGAAAAGAAAAAAUCUCAAAUAGUGAACAUCUAAUCAAAAUCUAGACAGGAAUCCUUAAAUAAGUUAUACUUAUUUUGCCAGAAAUAUAAGAGCUUAUAACUGUACACCUUAUUGAUAACAAUAAAUUGCAAAUGGGUGUAUUGUCAAUACUAUUAUCGUAUCAUAUUGUUUGAUUCUUACAAGACUAUGCAAAUUACUGAUAUCACAAGGGAGAUGUUUCAAAGUCUAAAUUGCAAUAACUGAAAAAAUCUAUGCUUUUCUUUCCAAAUAGAUGAAAAGAGUAAAAACAUAAAGACAGAUUUUUGAGAUAUGCAAUUCUUUUUUGUAUCUUUAUCUAUUAUUCUUGUUUUAACUAACAAUUUUUACAAAUAUUUAAGUGAAGCAGCUCAUUCCAGUACUUUCACAGGUUUGUGUCAGAAAAACAAAUAACAGUACAGAUAUGUAAGAUAUUAUAUCAUGGGUUGCACAGAAAAUCACAAGCCAUUUGUAAGGGUGCUGAAUGGGUAUAUGUACUCUCUUGUGUGAUAUUGUAUCAUUUAUGUUUUUGCUUUACAUGAAUGGUCAGGAAAACAAUGGCAGCUAAGCAUCGUAUGUAGAAUUAUGUAUCCCCCUUUCCUUUAAUGAAGUGACAAUUGCCUUCAAGGCCAGUGAUGAAGAUGAUGUUUUUUAUGUACAGGUUGACUGUUACAUAAGCUUUCUGAACAUGUUAAUACUUGCAUCAGCUACUUUUCUUUUCUUUAUUCAAGAAAUUGACCCUAUAUAGCAUUUUGUAAGACAUACAUUUUACAAAGUAGUACUUGCAUGCAUACAGCUAAAUGACUGGAUAUUUCACAAAAAUAUUUCAGAAAAUAUGUUCAGAUUGAUACUGGUUUCACAGUGCAAACCUACCUGUGUAAUAUGGUUGUGAAAAUAGUUCGUAAAAAAAAAAAAAAAAAAAAAAAAAGUCAAACAAGAAGGGCAUUUGUAUACUUGUAAAAAAAUUAAGUGAAGUGGACUUCAUGAUAAUCACAACUGUCAGCAUUAUAAGUGUUGUUUCAGGUACCUUUUAGUGGUUGAAUUAUUAUCUGUAUACUUAAUUUUUUUCUCACUACAUGAAGUGCCAACUGUAUACAGAUAAUAGUUAAUUUACUAUUUACUUCUUUCUUUUAUGCUGAUAUGGCAACUAGAAGGGCAAAGUAAGCAAUCACUUUUCAGCCUAAAUGAUGUAUAUAAUACUUAGUAGGUGAAUAUUUACAUAAAAUAUAUGAAGAUUAAAAUUUAAAUAAAAAAAUAACAAGUUA